AUGGAACGAUCACUGUGGAGAGAACUGAGAAAAACAGACAAAAGGGCGUAUGGCUUGUACAUGAAGGAGAUAAGGCACCAAAAAAAGACGCUCAGUCUAAAUGCGAACGAUAAUAUUGUAUCUGUUUCGGUGCUUGAGGCAGCAUCGUCCCUCUUUGUAAAUUCAUAUCCUGAGAACUACCGGUCAACAAGAAACCUUGGACGAACAAAGUACCAUGAAGAAGUGGAAAAAAUGGCUGUUAGACGGGCACUGCGACUUUUUAAACUAAGCACAAAGAAGUGGUGUGCUAAUGUGCGGUUGGUGAGCGGCACAUCUGCCAAUUUUGUAGCAUUUAUGGCACUGGCAGGUGUAGGUGGCAAGGUGUUGGGCAUUAAACAGGAAAUGGGUGGCCACCACUCGUUCACAUUUCUCCCUGACAGGAACCAGAGCACAUUCCAAGAAAGGAUCUUUGAUCCCCUCAGCUAUGGAGUUAGAAACGAUGGCUGCAUCGAUUAUGAGGCAAUAAAAAAUGCAGCCAUACAAAGCCGGCCAAAAGUUAUAAUUGCUGGUGGCUAUGCGAUCUCUUCUGACAUGGAUUUCAGGAAAAUCAGAGCGAUUGCACGGAGCGUGGGCGCAAUUCUUCUUGGCGACAUUUCUCACCCAUCAGGAUUGAUUUCUCACGGUUUAAUGAAUAAUCCAUUUAAAUAUUGCGAUGUGAUCACCACCGUGAUGCAGAAAACAAUGGGUGGGCCUCGAGCAGGUAUUAUCUACUGCCGGAAAAAGUACGAGCAGCUUAUUAGCAAUGCACAGACAGUUCUAUGUGGUAAUUCGCACACUCACAUAAUUCUACAGGUGGCUGUUGCUCUCAAAGAGGCGCUCUCAGAGGGGCAUUAUGAGAUGUCCAAGAAGAUACAGAGCAAUGCUCGUCAUUUGAGGGAAAUACUUCUUGGAUAUCGCUUCAAUACGUACACUACAGACAGUCACAUGAUACUCAUUGACAUGGAGUGCGCGAUUAAGGCGUACAACUUCGAAGUUGUGGCAGACUUUCUCUGCAUCUCUCUGGAUCGAGUGUCGCUAGCGACCCAUCCCUGUGUCUACAGGCCAACAGGAAUACGAGUAGGAACAACGGGCAUUACCAGAAGGGGAAUGGGGGAAAAGGAGGUGGAAAGAAUAGCAAAAAUUCUCUGGUCGAUCAAACAGUAUGUUGACGAGGACUUUAACACCAAAAUGCUGAACUAUGAAAAAACAACUGAUGAAGAAACCGGACUUGUCUUUGAUUCGAGGUGUUUGAAGGCUGAAGAACUUAAGAUGAGCCCGAAACUGCAAAGAAUGAAACGAAUGGUUGAAAAAAUAACGAAACGAUUCCCAAUUCCCUUUUUCGUGCCGAACAGCAGGAACAGAUGCAUAUAGGUGGCACAGAAAGGUUAUGAAGGGAUGAGACGAGCCAGUUGAAUCAAAUAUGCAGUGCGAAGUAUUCUACGGACAAAAACAACACAAUGACGAGAAGCGUUGUAGAGGCCUAAUCAAUGCAGCGAAUGGAAAUGUCAUAAAGAUGGUGGCAGUCCAAAAACCUGAACCACCGUAGAAAGCGCAUAGUAUAACAACUGUAGAACGCCUUCAAUUGCGAAAAUUGACAGCAAUCUAGAAUGCUAUAAAACAAAAAAAUGUGUGAAGACGUACAUCUACACAAAACAUUGAAGCGAUAAAUAAACACAUUUUAUUCACUAA